AUGAAAUUGACAUCGCAGCAAAUUAACGAUGCUCCUAUAAUACUUAACGUGGAAAAGAAACUAACAUUGAUUUUGCGAAACCUUGAUAUAACGGAAAUUGAUAAUCUACAGAUAACUCGAAAUAAAUUUCAAGUAAUUGAUUUAACAAAUAAUGAUUUAAUAAGUUUAAGCAAUGUACCGAAAAAUUUUGAUAAUUUAGAGACACUACUAUUAGGGAAUAAUAACAUAGCAUAUAUUGACGAAGAAUACUUACCAUCUGACAACUCAAUCAAAUCUAUCUCAUUAAUGAAUAAUAAUUUAUAUAGAUUUCAGCAAUGUUUUUCCUCAAAAUUUCAAAAAUUAGAAAACUUGAUAUUAAUUGGUAAUCCCAUAACACAAUUAGAUAAUUAUAGAUUGUUCUUAAUUUGGCUUAUACCGAGUUUGAAAGUUUUGGAUCUCGAGAAAGUCAAACAAAAAGAAAAGGAUGAAAGUGAAAAAUUAUAUGGAGUUAAUCGUAUUGAGAUGGGAUCAAAAGCCAAAAGAAUGUUUGAUAAACAUCAAAUAAGCUCUAAUGAUAUAACCAAAGAAGAAAAACAGUUGAAUCAAGUUGUCAAAAAGUUAAGUGAAGAAGAUAGGAAAGAAUUGUUGAUGAAAUUGCAAAGUUGUGAUAGUAUAGAGGAAAUAGAAAGGAUUGAAGCCACUUUGAAAGAAGGUGUUAAGAUGUCUUCAAAUGCUCGACCGAAAAGAAAAGCUACUAUAAAUAAAACAUACGACGACUCACUAGAACUAGCUAAGUUGGAAGAUAUCUCGGAAUCAAAUGGCAAAAAGGCGUCAUCACUACCUAAGAAGAAAGAAAACAUCAAAAAUUGGCAAGAUAAUAUCACCACUAAUGGGUCUACAAAUGUAGUGCCUUAUAACUGGCAACCACCCCAGACAGCUCAAGAUCAAUUUUCAAAUCGACUAGACCUCACGGGAGCAACAAUAAAUUUGAAAAAAAUGACUUUAAAGUGUAAAUAUAAAAAUGGAAAAUCUUUAACAUUAUCAAAAGGUCAAUGUAUUUACAUGAUAAGUGAACCACCUGGAGAACCUUACUACAUUGGAAGAAUACGAGGCUUCACCAAUAAAAGAAAUCAUAAAUAUGAGGAGAUAGAAGUAGACAAUAAAGAAGACAAAAUGUUGCCAGCCGAAGGUUAUUUUUUCAUAAUAAAUUGGUUUUAUAGACCAAGGGAUAUAACUAAAAAUUCUGCUGAUUCAAGGUUACUAUUUGCAACAAUGGAUUCAGAUGUAUGUCCUUUAAGUAGUUUCAGAGGUUUAGUCUCGGUUGAACUAAAGCAAGAUAUUGAAGAUUCAUAUGCAGCAAAACUGAGAAAACAACUUUCACCAGGAAUAUCCCCGACUGAAGCAUAUGCUCAAAGUCCCAAUUGUUUUUAUUUUGAUAAACUAUAUGAUAGAUACAUGAUUAGGUCAUACGAUGUGUUACUGACUAAAAACUUACUACAAUAUGCUAAAAAGGAUAGCAAAUCACGGCAUUACCUAAUGGCAUUGAAUAAAAGAUUCAGCUAUAUCUUUUGUGAAUCUACAAGAACUAAAUCUUUAAUUAAUUCAUUCAAAAGUGAUAAUUCUACAUGUUUUACAUGUGGAUUAUGGUCGGACCACAAUGAUUCUAUAAGUUGUUUUGAAUGUAAAAAAAUAUUUCAUAUGCUUUGCUUAGAUCCACCACUUUUAAAAAAACCUAGCCGUGGUUUUUCUUGGACUUGUGCAUCAUGUACUAAAAGACAUGAGAUUGAAUAUCAUCAAAAAAAGAUCCUAAUGCUACUGCAUGACAACAAAUCAUCUAAUCAGGAGUCAUUAGCUGAUGAGUUGGCCUUAUUAAGUUCCCUAGAAGCUGAUGUGAAAAUUGCAGACGAAUCAACUGGAGCUGAAACUAUACUACCCAAGUAUGAAGUAAUGGCUAAAGAUUUUCUAACAAAUGACGCCGGGGUUUCGUUUGAAGAACGAAGGGUAAAAGAAGAGUGGUGUAUGAGAUAUUUAGGUUUAAAUGCAAAAUUAGAAGAAGGUGUAGAUUUGGAUGAUAGAUCACCGUAUCCGAGAGCUUCAACUAGAAUUGGUGCGAAACAUCAAGCUGUUUAUAUACCUGAAUGUAAUGGUCAUCCAAUUGUAUAUUAUGACACGGAGAAAAUUCCAAAGAAAAAAUCAAAACCAAAACCAAAAGAAAAAGCUGAGGAGAUCGUAAAAUUAGAAGUCCCUAAAGAGUUUGAAGAUAUAGAAGUCAAAGAUUAUCCAGAAUGGUUACAACCAAGACCAAAAGGAUAUAUUGAACGAGGGGUAGAUGAUGGAAAUGGUACAACUUGUACGUUGCUAUGGAAAACUUCCCAAAGUGAUAUUGAUGACAAUUUUGAGCAUUUGGACAAAUUUAUUACAACAUGUGAUGUUGUAGCUGAAUCAUUGAAUUUAUCUCCCAACUCCCCAAAUUUUGUUGAUGCAGUGGUUUUACUGUAUAUGAAAAAUCAUGGUGAUAUUGAUAAAGCAUUUAAAGAAGUUCAAAAUUUAAACAAAAAGAAGUUGAAUGAGCCUGUAUUCACUCGGGAUGAAAUCAAAAAAUUUGAAGCUGGUGUUAAAGAAUUUGGGAAUGAAUUAUAUCACGUUCAGAAAAAAGUGAAAUCGCAACCAUUAACUCAAGUCGUUAGAUUUUAUUAUCUUUGGAAAAAGACUAAGAAUGGGAAACAAAUAUGGGGUAACUACGAAGGAAGGGCACCUAAGAAAUCACACGCAAGUACGAAGGAAGAGAAUGGUAAUAAAUCUCAUAAUGUUGAUGAUUUAACCAAUUUAGAAGAUGACUCAUCAUAUGAGGAUGAUGAAAAAGUUACAUCAGGUACUCAAUUCAUCUGUAAGCAUUGCGAUGCCUCAUACUCAACUCAAUGGUUCAAGAUUACAGGUUCUCAUGAUGCAAACACGGAGCUGGACUCUGUUGUAGCGUUAUGUUUUAGAUGUGCAAAAUUAUGGAGAAGAUAUGCUGUAGUAUGGCAAGAUGCUGAUGAAACACAGAAAAAAGCUAGUAAGUCUAAUGGAUGGAAAAAGAGAGUUGAGCCAGAGUUAUUACAAGAUUCAAAUUUAAUUUUAGAACAUGCAUUGUCUUUGGGAGCGUCUGUGACGUAUGAUCCAAAAUUAGUCAUUCAACCAACAACUGCAAAACCUUCUCCAGAAAAGAAAGAGAACAACAAAAGAAAAGCUGUAUCAUCUUCACCAACUGAAUCACCCACACCUAAAGUGAAAAAGGUCAAAUCUGAAACUAAAGUGGAGAAAAAAGAGAAACCAACUAAACAAGAAAUCAAAACACAAAUUGUACAAAAAUUGCAUGAAGUCGUUGGCUCGUCGUUAGGACAACAUACCAAAUCGUUACUAUUCAAUUCAAACUAUGAUAUACCAAACUUUUAUGGACUAAGUAAAAAAUUGACUUAUACUGAGGCAACAGAACAACUAGCUCCCUUUUUCAAUCAUUAUCGAGAACUACAAUUAGGAGAUGUUAGCUCACCAUUAACACAUUCCCAAACACCCCAUCUUACAUCGAUAGAACUACCUUUCAAACCUCAUGAUAGAAAAUGUUGUGUUUGUCGUGAGCAUGACACUUCAAGAGCCUCGUUACAAGAGAUGUUGAUAUGUUCGUCUUGUGGAGUUAAUGUACAUGCUUCUUGUGCUGCAUACACAUUACACGAGAAGGAAUCCACUAAAGAAUGGUUAUGUGAACCUUGUGUUAAUGAUUUAAGACCAAUUCAUUCAGCAAUUUAUUCAUGUUCCCUAUGCAUGGCGAAUGAAACAAAUUAUGAGUUAUCAAUAUUGGGAUCACCUUAUGUUAGACCAGAUUUUUUAAAACCAACUUCAAAUGGGACUUGGUGUCAUUUAUUGUGUUGUAUUUUUAAUAGUGAGUUUAUUCAUGUACUGAAAACCAAAUUGAACAACAACAUCUUGUCAAUUGAUAAUGUGAGUAAAAUUUAUUUGCGUAAUCACAAUCAGAAAUGUGAAAUUUGUCAAUCUUACAAUGGGUCAUUAAUAAAAUGCAGUCUUUGUAAUGAUCAUUGUUAUUAUCAUCCGACUUGUGCUCAAGAUACUCCUAAUUAUAAACUUGGCUUUAAAUUAGAAACCGGUACUAAAGCACCACAAAAUGUCAUAGUGAAUGAAAAAAUUGGAAAAUUAAAGCCAAUACUUAUUUGUCCUGAACAUGAUCAAUCAAGCGAAACUAUUUUGAACUUUAGAACUUUAGGAAAAAGAAUUGGUUCAAGAGAUACAGAGCUCAAACCUAUUGUCAAAUUGUUUUAUGAAGAUUUGCUUAAACUUAAUAAGUCUCAAUUUAGUGGUCCACUUGCUAGAUCAUUGGAUUUCGUCAAUAACAACAAUUCCUACUACAACUUGGAUCAAGCUUCUAAUGUGAAAAUCACUUCAAAUGGUCUGCUGAAAACAUGUGCUCAUUGUUUUACUGAUUCUUCUCCAAUGUGGUGGCCAGAGAAUUCUGGAUUUUUUUGUCAAUCAUGUCAUUACAAAGUUGAAGAUCCAGAAACCGAAAAUGAAGAAAACUCAGUAGAGGAAUUAUUAUCAGCACCUUUAAAUGGAGAAAAUUAUGGAAUUAAAGAUCAAAAAGAUAGCUUGAAAAAUGUAUAUAAACCUCAAAUCAUUGACGAAAGUUCCUUUGCUACACCAAUGGUCGAUUCAGUUAGAUCGAAAAUUUCAAUUGUAGAUAUACUUACAUAG